AUGAGCUCUAACAUCUUAUCAGUUCACACUCCACCACUUCCCAACCUCUCAAAAUCAACUCCUUUGUACCAAAGAAUCUACAUCCCACACCAUGUCUACACACACCCAUCAGCUAUACUCUUAGAACUCUGCACUUCCGUGAAAGAGCUUCAUCAAAUCCUUCCCCUCAUCAUCAAAAACGGUUUCUACAACGAACACUUGUUUCAAACAAAGCUCGUAAGCUUGUUCUGCAAAUUUGGUAGCAUGGAUGAAGCAUCUCGUGUGUUUGAGCCUGUGGAACAAAAGUUGGAUGUUCUUUAUCAUACUAUGCUUAAAGGGUAUGCAAAAAACUCAACUUUAUAUGAUUCUUUGAGGUUUUAUAAUAGGAUGCGGAAUGAUGAGGUUAAGCCUGUUGUUUAUGAUUUUACUUAUUUGUUGCAAUUGUGUGGGGAGAAUUUGGAUCUUGAAAAGGGUAGAGAGAUUCAUGAGAUGGUGAUUGUUAAUGGGUUUGAGUCGAAUUUGUUUGCUAUGACUUCUGUUGUUAAUUUGUAUGUGAAGUGUAGGAAGAUUGAUGAUGCGUGUAAGAUGUUUGAUAGAAUGCCGCAAAAGGAUUUGGUUUCUUGGAAUACCGUUGUUGCGGGGUAUGCGCAGAAUGGGUUUGCUAGGAAAGCUUUGUGGUUGGUUUCGGAUAUGCGGGAAGCUGGUCAAAAGCCGGAUUCGAUUACUUUGGUUAGUGUUUUGCCGGCUGUGGCGGAUAUUAAGGGAUUGGGAAUUGGAAGGUCGAUCCAUGGUUAUGCUAUUAGGUCGGGAUUUGAGUCGAUGGUUAAUGUUUCGGCGGCACUUUUGGAUAUGUACUUUAAGUGUGGAUCGGUUGAGACUGGGAGAUUGGUUUUUCGGAGGAUGAGUAGCAAGAAUGUAGUUUCGUGGAAUACUGUGAUUAACGGUCUUGCGGUAAACGGAGAGUCUGAAGAGGCGUUUGCGACUUUUCUGGAGAUGUUGGACGAAAAGGUGGAGCCUACGAAUGUUAGUAUGAUGGGUGCUUUAUAUGCUUGCUCUAAUUUAGGCGAUCUUGAAAGAGGGAGAUUUGUUCAUAGAUUAUUGGAUCAGACGAAACUUAGUUCAGAUGUCUCAGUUAUGAAUUCUUUGAUAUCUAUGUAUUCGAAGUGUAAGAGAGUUGAUAUUGCAGCAUCCGUAUUCGAUAAUUUGAAAGGGAAAACAAACGUCACAUGGAAUGCCAUGAUAUUAGGUUAUGCGCAUAAUGGUUGUGUGAAUGAAGCUUUGAAUUUGUUCUGUACGAUGCAAUCUGAAGGCAUUAAACCCGAUUCCUUUACAUUCGUGAGCGUGAUCACUGCUAUAGCAGACUUAUCGGUUAUCCGCCAGGCCAAGUGGAUUCAUGGACUUGCAAUGAGAACAAAUAUGGACAAGAAUGUAUUUGUCGCCACUGCUCUUGUUGACAUGUACGCAAAAUGCGGAGCCAUCGAAACUGCAAGAGAGCUUUUUGACACGAUGCAAGAACGACAUGUGAUAACAUGGAAUGCAAUGAUCGAUGGAUAUGGCACACACGGACUUGGCAAAGCAGCUCUCGAUCUCUUUGAUGAUAUGCAGAAGGAAGCUUCUAUUAAGCCAAAUGAUAUAACAUUUCUGUCUGUUAUUUCAGCAUGUAGUCACUCGGGUUUUGUUGAAGAGGGUCUCUACUAUUUCAAAACCAUGAAGGAGCAUUACGGCUUCGAGCCUUCAAUGGAUCACUACGGUGCCAUGGUUGAUCUUCUUGGUCGUGCCGGAAAGCUAGACGAUGCUUGGAAUUUUAUUCACGAGAUGCCUAUUAAACCAGGGAUUACCGUUUUAGGUGCAAUGCUAGGUGCUUGCAAAAUCCAUAAAAACGUCGAAUUGGGUGAAAAAGCCGCAGAUAUGCUAUUCGAGCUGGAUCCAGAUGAAGGUGGUUAUCAUGUUCUGGUUGCAAACAUGUAUGCCUCUGCUUCAAUGUGGGACAAAGUGGCUAAAGUAAGAACAGCCAUGGAGAAAAAGGGCCUCCACAAAACUCCUGGCUGCAGUUUAGUUGAAUGGAGAAAUGAAGUUCACGCAUUCUACUCAGGAAGUACAAACCAUCCUCAAUCGAAAAGAAUCUACGCUUUUCUCGAGACUCUUGGAGACGAGAUCAGGGCUGCUGGUUACGUGCCUGAUACCAAUUCAAUUCAAGACGUGGAAGAAGACGUGAAGGAGCAAUUAUUUAGUAGCCAUAGCGAAAGGCUUGCAAUUGCAUUCGGGCUUUUGAAUACAAGACCUGGUACAACAAUACACAUCAGGAAGAAUCUAAGAGUUUGCGGUGAUUGCCAUGAGGCUACCAAAUACAUUUCGCUCGUGACGGGAAGGGAAAUUAUAGUGCGCGAUUUACAAAGGUUCCAUCAUUUCAAGAAUGGAAGAUGUUCUUGCGGGGAUUACUGGUAA